AUGGUCCCUGAACGCCUCCGGUGUGGACAAGGGAGCAGCGGUGCUCACCUGGCCUUCAAGGAGAAGCCCGUGUUUGGUUCUCAGAGCCAGUCCUUUGGGAAGACUCACAAAGCGUUUUCCUCGGAGAGAGCGCGGAGUGGCGAGAGCUCGGGAGCCAUCCGCAGGAAGCAGCGCAGCUCUGGAGCACAACCCUCGUCCCGGACCAGUGGGCCGAGGGAGAAGAAGAGAAAGUACAGAGCGGAAAGAGAAAGAAAGAGGUGCGGAGAGAGACCAAGAAACGGAAGGACAGACACCAAGCUUCGGAGAUUUGUUCAUGUUUGCGAUCCAGGAGAGCAUCCAGAGAAGCGGAGCUGGAUGCAGGGGGGCGGCGUGCUGGAUGCCAACACGGCCGCCCAAAGUGGAGUGGGUCUGGCUCGCGCACACUUUGAGAAACAGCCGCCCUCCAACCUGCGGAAGUCCAACUUCUUCCACUUCGUCCUGGCUCUGUACGACCGACAGGGUCAGCCGGUGGAGAUCGAGAGGACCAACUUCGUGGACUUCAUCGAGAAAGAGAAGGAGACAAGCGGAGAGAAGACCAAUAACGGGAUUCAUUACAGGCUGCAGCUUCUUUACAGUAACGGCAUCAGAACAGAGCAGGACUUUUAUGUUCGACUCAUAGACUCCAUGACUAAACAGCCAAUUGUUUAUGAAGGCCAAGACAAGAACCCAGAGAUGUGCAGAGUGCUGCUGACACAUGAGAUCAUGUGCAGUCGGUGCUGUGACAAGAAGAGCUGCGGAAACCGUAAUGAGACACCCUCAGACCCUGUUAUCAUCGACAGAUUCUUUCUCAAGUUUUUCCUCAAAUGCAACCAGAACUGUUUAAAGAAUGCAGGAAACCCUCGAGACAUGAGGAGGUUCCAGGUGGUGGUAUCAACUACAGUGAGCGUGGAGGGACACGUCCUGUCAGUCUCAGACAACAUGUUCGUCCACAAUAACUCCAAACAUGGCCGACGGGCCCGCAGACUUGACCCAGCAGAAGGAACGCCGUCUUACCUAGAACACGGAGCCGCUCCCUGCAUUAAAGCCAUCAGCCCCAGCGAGGGUUGGACUACAGGGGGCGCUACAGUUAUCAUCAUAGGGGACAACUUCUUUGAUGGUCUCCAGGUCAUCUUUGGUACCAUGCUGGUUUGGAGCGAGUUGAUCACGUCACAUGCCAUCCGGGUGCAGACGCCUCCCAGACACAUCCCAGGGGUCGUUGAAGUCACUCUGUCUUACAAGUCCAAACAGUUCUGCAAAGGCACACCAGGGAGGUUCAUAUACACAGCACUGAAUGAGCCAACCAUCGACUAUGGCUUCCAGAGGCUUCAGAAAGUUAUCCCUCGGCAUCCUGGGGACCCAGAGAGGCUGCCAAAGGAGGUUAUUCUGAAGAGAGCAGCUGACCUCGUAGAAGCUCUUUAUGGUUUGCCCCAUAAUAACCAGGAAAUUAUCUUGAAGCGUGCAGCGGACAUUGCAGAAGCUCUUUACAGUGUUCCACGAGGACACACCCAGCUCUCCGGCUCCACCCACACCGGCAUGAUGGGGGUCAACUCUUUCACCGGGCAGCUGUCCGUCAAUGUCUCUGAACCUUCACAAGCCAAUCAGGGUUUCGUGCGUAGCAGCAGUAGUGUAUCUCCUCACGGUUACGUGCCAAGCUCCACGCCUCAGCAGACCAGUUACACUUCAGUCACCAGUGCCAUGAAUGGCUACACUAACAAUGCUGGCAUGACCAACCUGGGAGGCUCGCCCACUUUCCUCAACGGCUCCGCAGCCAACUCGCCUUAUGCUAUUGUCCCAUCCAGUCCCACUAUGGCCUCCUCCACCUCCCUCCCCUCCAACUGCUCCUCCUCUUCUGGUGUCUUCUCCUUCUCUCCGGCCAAUAUGGUGUCGGCAGCCGUUAAGCAGAAGUCCGCCUUCGCUCCGGUGGUCAGGCCCUCCUCCUCCCCUCCACCCUCCUGCACCAGCGCCAACGGGAACGGCCUCCAAGCAAUCCCUGGAAUGAUCAUCCCGCCCAUGUAAAGGUGUGAGUGCAUGACAGUGUGUGCGUGUAUGUGUGUGACUUUGUGCAAGAUGAACCAAGCACACUCACAUCGAUCCUGGCGGAGGAUUUUGUGCGAGUUAUACUCCGGUCGGGGAUGGAAGCAGCUGUCCCUGUUUGAAGGAACAAUCCCAACUCAGGCCCUUUCUAACAAAAUCAACAACAACAACAACUGCAAGAAAACAUGCAAAGAACAAAAAAAAAGACUUUGCAAGAAGAAAAUAAGUUGUUGAGACUUUGUACACCUUGAUGCUUUUAUAGGAGAAUGGCCACGCCUACAUUACAACUUGACACGAACACAGGAAGUGUAUUUAUUUUGGAAAGAAUCCAUUUCCUCUUUUGAGUGAUUGUUGAUUUUUUUCCCUUUGUGCAACAUGUGAUAAUCAUCUUCUAUCUGUAUUCUACAUGAGGGAUUUUCUAUUUAUGAAGUUUGGUUAUUAAUGAAGGAAUAUAAUGUGAAGAUGAUGGUGAUGAUGAUGAGUAAAAAAUGAUGAUGAAGAAGCUGCAGGAUUCAUACAGGGUCAAAUCCAGACAAGCCAACCCAGACACACCCUUUCACCCCUCUUUGCCAAAUCCACACACAACAGCACAAUUCCAGCUGAGAGUUCUACUUCUGCGUUUAAUGGAUCACUUUUAGCCAUUGAAGAAAUCCCACUUCGAGCGUGAUUUACGUACUGCUGCUCGCCGAUAUUUUCUAGAAAGUGCAAUUUUGUCUCUCACCCAACAGAAGGUUCUGUAAUUCAGUAAUUUAACAAACUAAGAACAAAUAAGAAAUUCAUUUCCACCACGAGAGGUUAUAGACUUGCCAACAGCAGCUUCACUGUUGAGGAUUUGACCCAACAAUUCUGCCACUGAGUUCGUCCAUCAGCCCUGUCACCACAUUUUAAAGUUGGACACGGCUACAGCGGCCUCUGUAAGAGGGGGAACAUGUCUUAAAGACUGCCACCACUUUGACUUUGUUGUGUGAGAUUUGCUUUCCCAUGUUUUGGUCUUAACAGAUUUGUUUUUUGUUUUUGUUUUUUUGGUUAGUUUGCUGUGUUGUUUUACUGUGAUCAGACAGCCAAUCAGACAGUUUUUUGUUACCUGCCCAUUGAUCUGAUUCAGUUUGAGUGAGAAAACUAGCCUGUGGUGUGUCCUAAAAGCUGUGCUGCAAAAAAUGUCAUUAAAGCUUCAACUUAGUCUUAAAAUUCUACCAGGGAAAAACUUGUGAAACCAUCUGUCACUGAGGCAGACUUUUUCAGAUCUACAGUGGAGCUGUAUCUAGAACGUAGAUGCAUCCCAUUUUUGCACUUUUUUAAAGCUACAGUAGUAGGGGUUUUUUUUUUGUUUGUUUGUUUGUAGAAAUUUGCUCCAAAACGUAUCUUAAUGUGGAGAGGUGCUGUCGAAGCCUCCUGUGACCUAGACUCACUGAACAGCCCUGGCAGCAGAGUCUAAAGGUUAUUGAGCAGGAUUGAUCUCUCUAACCAAUCAGAGAUUUUCAGUUAUCUGUGCUUGAUCAGUAAGUUUGUUGCAUUCCUAUUUAUUGUGAUUUCAUAACAACAAAUAUCUAAAGAGCGUGGUGGAGCAUAGCACAUUGUAGUAGAGGGAGUGCUGUGAGGAGCAGAGUAUGUUGAUUUGGAGGUUCAUGCUAGCGCUACCUUAAAGAGCCCAUGGCAUGCUCAUUUCCAGCUAUUUAAUGCUUAAUCUUGAGAAUCUCAAGAUUAGCUUUGCACCCAUCAUAGCUCCAAAGAGUCUGUAAUUAUUUCAGAACAAUAAAACCUGAGAGCCUCCUCCUGAAAAUGAGAGGAUGGUUCGUGAACGCACACAACUCCUGUUGUCAGUGUUGUCGCAAGAGGACAGCACAACAACCUGUGACAGCAUUAAUCAAUGUGAAUUUCUUUUCCAUAGAUAGGUAAACAACAGUUUAUGUACUGAUGACAAGAGAUGUGUAACACUCUAAACAAAGUGGGUAAUUGAGAAACCCCAUAUUUUAACCAGCAUAAAGCAGACAUAGUAACUUCUCCAGUCUUACAACAAUUCUUUCUAACGUUACAGAGUUUGUGAGACAUAUAAAUCAAGUUGCUAUUCAGUCAUGUUUAAGAUGAUAAUUCAUCGUAACACUGUAGAUAAAUCAGAAAACACAGAGGCAUGCCAUGGGCUCUUUAAGUUACAUAUUGUAGCUUUAACUCUGAAUUUCAUGUCGAAAAAGGACAUUUUUUGCAGCACAGGGCAACUAGCCAGCAACGUCUUAAUGUGUGAAAACUGGCUGAUGAUUUGUUGUGAAAGCCAGUGCUCCCUGGGCUCACAGCUCAGUGUGUGUGGUUCAACAGUCUUAAUUCAUUUAUAUUCUAUUAAUUUUGCCAAAGUCCUUAUUUAAGAAAUGAAUGCCUAUACAGUCUUAUACAGUUCAAUGUGUCUUUUCUUGUCACACAGUCAGAAAUAGUUAGCUAGUAAAUGCCAUAUCAUGUACAAUCGGCGCUUUGUUUUCAGAACAGCAGCAGGUAGUGCAUCUUUAUUGUUUGUUCGUCAUUCAGGUCAAUGACAUUUGCCACACAUAUAUAGUAUUUCAAAGUGAAUAUGGAAACUUAACUGGACAGAAAACCUACUGACACUGUAAAUCUUUCCUAUUUCUGUUUGAGGACACCUGGACGUCCAGUUGCUGUCAGUUUACUGCAGAGGAAGCAAACGCUUAGAAUCCAUCAGCUUUUAAAUUUUUAGUUCAAUGAGCGAGAGACGUCUCCUCAGCCAAACGUCAGUAGCCUCAGCAACUGAGACUGACAGUCUGUCAGUGAAGUCAGGAUGGAAGAACAGGGAUAUCACAGAGAAUAUGAUAAAUCAACAAAAGGCCUGAAAAGAUUCUUUAAAGCUCAAAUCCUUGUUCUCUCAUGCUUUGUCUCUCAUGUCUAGGAAUGUUUUUGUAUUAUAGUGUCUGUUUAUUAAAAGCCAUACUUCCACUGCUAAUUUCAAUCAAACCAAAAGAAGCCAUGAUGUAAUUUUUUUUUAUCAUUUGUAGUUAAGGAAGCAGGAGGAUGUUUAUUUUUUUGUCACAAUGUAUGUAUCUUUAUUGUUAAAGUUACCAUAACAUGUUGCAUUAUCUAGAUGUAGAGAUGCUAAAUAUGUCAGUAUGAUUAUCUGUGCUUGUCUUCCAUGUGAUGGAUUUUAAGUUGGAAUAAUGAAGGCUGAAAAGAUUUAAGAAAAAUCUCUCUCUCUGCCAUCCUUCCCCUUCAGGUUCUCUGCUCUCUCCCUCUGUUCAUUUCCCUCCAUCACUUUGUUUUGAUUGUGCUAUCAAUGCUCUUAUGUUUGCUCCCUCUUUCUUCUUGCUUUCAUUUCUCUUUUAAAAACGAGCCACCUAUUUAUUUGUUCUCAAACAUGGGUCUGGAGACCACUCUUCUGUUUUGUGUGCAUGUGAGAGUGACUGCAAGUGUGUGUAUCUGAGAGUGUAUGAUUUUUUUUUUUUAACUCUGGAAGAAAAAUGUGAUGUUUUAAAGCUGAGGGAUGUUUUUAUAGUACAUAUAUACAGUAAAUGCCUGUACAGGAAGGUGUAACUAGAGGGUUUAGGUUUAAGGAAGUAUGAUGGAGCACUUGUCCAGCAACAGUAAAGACAUUUACAUGGCUUGUCUGCAUUCAGGCUUACAGUGGUGGUCAUCAUUCAUCCACACAUUACCAUUAGUACCAGUGUGGACAGGACGAUUACAGAGGAAACUACUGUAAAGAUGAUAAUGUUGAUUUUUUUUUGUUUUGUUUUCUUUUGAACUUUGAAGUGUAAAAUAAUUUUUUGA